AUGGCUCACAAAGCUUCCUCUUAUUUCAUUGCACUUAUUCUCAUAUCCAACAUCCUUCUUUUCUCUGUUUCUGCACGCACCAUUGCUGUGAAUCCCAACAAUGAUGACAAGAAAUUCUUGUUCAAGUCUCAUGGAGGAGUGCACAUUCCUGGCUUUGGACCAGUGAGAUUUCCACCUCUUGGGACUAUACCAAAUAAUCCAUUCACCCGGGGCAUUGGAGGUGGAGGAGCCGGCGCAGGAACAGGACCAACUGGCCGCAGUUAUGUUCCCGGUGGCGAUGACACCUUUGUACCAAACCCCGGAUUCGAGGUUCCGGUUCCCGGUGGCAGUGGUGGCAGAAUUCCAGGCUCAGUUCAUCCAUGAGUUUCAGUCAUGCAUUAGUGCAAUAGCUAAAGUAGUUUAUUUGUAAUGGUGUGACUGUUCUUAUGGUUUGAUUAAGAUUUUCCCGUUUUGUUUCCU